UGCGCUGUGCUCGCGCCGGGCCAGGUGGCAGGGUUCUGCCGUCGUCGCCGCCUUUGUGCCGCCUGGCGAGCCCUGCGCGCCGGCCCCACCCGGGUCCCUGCUGCUCUCCAUUCAUUCCUUCCACGGAGUCAGGGGCUGAGGAGGCCGGGGCUGGUCGCCCCUCGGAGCACGGCCGGUUUUCGUUAAUUGGAACCUUCGGGGAGGGCUUCGCUUUCUCCUGUGUGCAUCCGGGCUGGUCCAUCCCCAGGGUGGUGGGCUUGGCCCCCCAGGUGCCCGGGGAGCCUUUAGGGCCCCAUGCAUGGUCAGGUCCUAUUGUCCCAUUGCUGGGCCACGCGCUCCUGCCUCUGGCCCGUGGCAUGCGGUUGGUCUCGCUCUCGCGCGCAGCCAUUGGAUCCGGAGACCGGAUCGAUCAGGUCCGGCGGGCUCCUUACCCUCGCCGUGCCCCCACUCCUUAUUCGGACCUACCUGGCAGGUGCAUUUGUGGUCGGGCGGGGCUGGUCAUCGGCGACCCUUCACCUCCCGUUCAGGACCCAACCGUUCUUCCCCUCUUCGAAGUGCCUCCCCUCUUCCAAGUGUCUCCCCUUCCUAACAAAGGAAAGACCCCUUCUCCCCAUCCCUGCGCUCAUUUCUAAGGUGGGGGGCGGGGAACGAGCGAACCCGAGUGGGUUUUCAGCGCUUAAACCUUCGGACCAUGGCCUUUGCAUCCUACCUUCGCUUCCUUCUUUGACGUUCGCCGAGUGAGUUCAUCCCUGGCCCUGGUUCCCUUGCAGGAGGAGGUUUCUUGUUCUUGGGCGGGGCCGGAGACAUCCAUUGUCUCUAACAUGGUAGCUCUACCUGGGAAGCGGGGGAUUUUUCUUGCCCUUCUUCCCACUGCUUUUUGGGCUUGGGGCACUGGGUACAGUGUUUGGACAGGAACCCUUUUCCAAGUCCUUGCUUAACUUGGUGGAAGGGUUUGAUUCUGUGGAAGGUGUCCACAUUGUCUCAGCUAAUUGCACACUGUUCUUUAAGGGUUUUGCGGCCUCCAGGUGGUGGAUCCAAUUUUUCAUUAGGUUUUGAUGAACCAACAGAACAACCUGUGAGGAAGAACAAAAUGGCCUCUAAUAUCUUUGGGACACCUGAAGAAAAUCAAGCUUCUUGGGCCAAGUCGGCAGGUGCCAAGUCUAGUGGUGGCAGGGAAGACUUGGAGUCAUCUGGACUGCAGAGAAGGAACUCCUCUGAAGCAAGCUCCGGAGACUUCUUAGAUCUGAAGGGAGAAGGUGAUAUUCAUGAAAAUGUGGACAUAGACGUGCCAGGCAGCCUGAGGCAGAGUGAAGAGAAGCCCGUGCCUGCCGCACCUGUGCCCAGCCCGGUGGCGCCGGCCCCAGUGCCAUCCAGAAGAAAUCCCCCUGGCGGCAAGUCCAGCCUCGUCUUGGGUUAGCUCUGACUAUCCUGAACACUGUCGUUUUGUCUGUUUCCUCCAUGCUUGUGAACUGCACAACUUGAGCCUGACUGUACAUCUCUUGGAUUUGUUUCAUUAAAAAGAAGCACUUUAUGUACUGCUGUCUUUUUUUUUUUUUUUUUUUCUUCUGAACAGGUUUCUCUCUGUCCUUGACUCUUGGGUCUGUGGGCUGUGGCAUGAGUGUUUUCUAGUAGUAGAUUGGAGGGAAAGCUUUGUGACACUUAGUACUGUGUUUUUAAGAAGAAAUAAUUUGGUUCCAGAUGUGUUAGAGGAUCUUUUGUACUGAGGUUUUUAACACUUUACUUGGGUUUACCAAGCCUCAACUGGACAGACCAUAAACAGUCCACAGGCAGCGUUCCUGCCAGGCCCCAACCCACAGGGAGUCUCUCCGCAGAGCCUUCUUGGUGUUGCCCUAACUUGCCAGUGGCCUUUGCUCAGAGCCUCCUCCUUUGCCAUGUGAACAAUGAAGAGGCCUGCGCCUCAUGCCUUGCCGCCUGCAAAGCAAAGAAACUGCCUUUUAUUUUUUAACCUUAAAAAGUAGCCAGAUAGUAACAAGACCGGCUGGCUGAUGAGCAAAGCCUCUGCUCUCAGGCAGAGGAAGGCUUGGAUGUACAAUGAAACUGACUGGAACUAAAAGCAGUAAAGCAAGGGAGGCAAUCACACCGAAGUGGGUCUUCCUCCAGGAACGGGGUCCCACAGGGGUGUUGUUUUAAAUAACUUAAUGCUGUGUGCAUGAUGCUGGUGCUUGACCAUGAAAGGAAAGUCUCAUCCUUAAAAUGUGUUGUACUUCACAAUCCUGGACUGUUGCUUCAAGUAAACAAUAUCCACAUUUUGAAA